AUGCCCGCCAGCCCGCACUCAACAUACUACGAUCGCCGUCUGCGACAGGGCCCUGCGCUUCAACGAGCACGACGACCCUAUCUUGUUAAAAACGCCAUCACUGGUAUUGGUCUCUUGGGAAUUGUCGGUGGUAUCUAUUGGUACACACUUAACGCUGUUGGCCAAGACAACUUCGACGAUGUCAAGGUUCCCGAUGCGCCCGCGAAGCCCGCUGCUUCUAAAUAG